AAAUAUACACUUUAGUUAUAUUUCUCUCAUUAAUCUUUCGUUACUAAAAUAAUUCUGUAUUGAUUUAUUUACUUUAAAAAGAUUUCCUAAACAAUUAAACAAACAUUGCCUUCAAUUUUAAAUUGCAAAUCAAAACAAAGUCAACAAUUGCAAGGUCAAAUAGCUCAGCUGAUUGCAUACAACUCACACACACGCACAUACACACACAUACGCAAAACGCGUAUUGUGCAUUGAAAUACGCGCUCAUAUAAUUUGACAGUUGGUUGUCAUUCAAAGAGUAACAUAGUUUGCUCUCGUCAUUCAUAGAAAACGAAGACAAAGCAAAAAGUAAAACCAAUGUUACUUCUCGCACGCAUAAUCAAAUCGCAGCAACAAUGGAGCAUAAUACCAGUGAUUCAAAUGCUGAAAAAUGGAAUUGUAUUAAAAUAUACGAGCAGAAAUUUUGAAAAUUCAUGUGCCUAUAGCAGCAGCAGAAGCAGCGACACCACCAAAAGCAGCAGCGACAACUGGACGGGCAAUAGAAAGUUUAGUGUUUUGAAGGGGAGCGAUUUCGAUUUGAGUUGUGCGCCAGCGGAAAGACCGAAUUUAAGUGCUGACUUAAAUAAAAUGUUUCGACAAAGUGCAGUGAAUUUGUUGGAGCAGCCAAAAGACAAGGUGACCCAAUGGCUGGAUUCUUUUGAUGCCGUCAUAACCGAUUGUGAUGGUGAGUUAUUUUAUAUAAAAAACAAGUGCAGUUUUAAAUGGAAAAUGUGUUUUUUGAGUUUUAUAUUGCAUAAUGCCAAUUAA